AUGAGCCCGCGAUUGGUAAUCGAAGGCGAAUUUGAAUGUGGUCAAAAUACAGAGGCUUCCCACUUGUCCCUCUCGCACCCCAACACCCAGCGACACCCACACCCAGCGACAUCGCGAAAAUCAGUCAAGAUGGCCCGCCGUCCCGCCAGAUGCUACCGGUACUGCAAGAACAAGCCGUACCCUAAGUCGCGCUUCAACCGCGGUGUCCCCGACCCCAAGAUUCGCAUCUUCGAUCUUGGCCGCAAGCGUGCCACCGUCGAUGACUUCCCUCUCUGCAUCCACCUCGUUUCCAACGAGUUGGAACAGCUGAGCUCUGAGGCCCUUGAAGCCGCCCGUAUUUGCGCCAACAAGUACCUCGUCAAGCUUGCCGGCAAGGAAGGUUUCCACCUCCGUGUCCGUGCCCACCCCUACCAUGUCGUCCGUAUCAACAAGAUGUUGUCCUGCGCCGGUGCCGAUAGACUUCAGACUGGUAUGCGUGGUGCCUGGGGUAAGCCCAACGGCACUGUCGCCCGUGUCAACAUUGGCCAGAUCAUCUUGAGCGUUCGCACCCGUGACUCUAACCGUGCUAUCGCUCUCGAGGCUCUCCGCCGCUCCCAGUACAAGUUCCCCGGUCGCCAAAAGAUCAUUAUCUCCAAGAACUGGGGCUUCACCCCCCUCCGCCGCGACGAGUACCUCGAGGCCAAGGCCGCCGGCCGCGUCAAGGUCGAUGGUGCUUAUGUUCAGUUCUUGUCCAACAAGGGCAACCUCGCUCAGAACAUGAAGCGCUUCCCUGAUGCCUUCACUGCCUAA